AAAAAGGAGCUAAAUAAAAUGUCUAAUGUUCCGUUCGUCUCAACGGCUGUUGGACAGCGGCUUCGGUGAAUAAAAUAAAAUACGUCACACUUUAAAUGGAGAUCAUUUAAAAUUUCAUUCGGCUUGAACGAGAAUCCACGACCUUGUGUUAAUACAACUAUUAUUGUGUUAUAUUCUCACACCCGGUACUUGUUUACAUAUUGUAAAGUGAAUUACUGUGCAAAACUAGUAGUCGAGCGGUAUGGUUGCAUUCUAUUUCAUUAAAAUAAAGAAGUAGAAUAUAACAUUUUGGGUUUAAAGGUACGAAGGCUCUGUGGAUUGAGUUAGACUUGAUAUGACCUUAAGUUUGAGUAAAGGAAUCGACCCACGCCGACUAAUAAAGACUCCUACGCGGCGCCAAUGAUGCGAACUGCGUCGUCUCUAUCAAACUAAAAAACUGUAAUAAUGAGAAUAAAACUAUACAUAAAACAAACUCUCUCAAAUUGCUAGUUAUCUUUAUACGCGUAUAUUUACAUUGAAGUGAAAAUAAGUGCAAGCGUCGAUUCGGAAUGAUUACUUUUGUGAUAAACGUGUGAACUUUUUUUACAUCUUUUGUAUUUUGUCAACAAUCAAGGCUAAACAUAAGUUAGCCUUUAUAAAGAAGCCGAAGACUCGGGAGAAAUCAAAUGGUAGAUUUGAAGCAAAAAAUGGAUACCAAUGAAUCUGUUUCCACAUAAAUCAGAAUUUUCAUUUCCUUUGGGUGGUCAAAAAAUCCAUCAAAAUAAAGAAAUCAGCGGCACUAUUGUGUUACAAGACGAGAAUGGAUGAGAGUGAUGUCAUCAUAUCUUCUACCGAGAUCAUAAAAGACAGAUUGUACUUCGCAACACUUAAAACGGGAUAUAAGCCCAAACCAACACGCAACAGCAAAUAUUUCCACAUAGAAGAUGACAUUGUAUACGAGAACUUUUACUUCGACUUCGGUCCCUACCACCUCUGCCAUCUUUAUCAAUUCUGCAAUCGUCUCAAUGAUGAGUUGGAGAAGAAUCCCAAGAAGAAGAUUGUGUUUUAUACCAGCAACAAUGAGACGCUUCGACUCAACGCAGCUUACCUCAUCGGAAGUUAUCAGAUAAUAUACUUGGGUGGAUCCCCGGCGGCGGUGUACAAGCAGCUCACCGAAGGUUCGUGGUCGCUUCUGAGUUUCCGAGACGCGUCUGGCGGCCCUCCUCUCUUUGACAUAUCGUUGUUGGACGUGUUACACGGAAUGAAAGUCGCUCAUGACGCUAAGUUCUUCGACUUCGAACAUUUUGAUGCUGAGCAGUAUUUGUUUUAUGAGAAAGUUGAAAAUGGCGAUCUCAAUUGGAUAGUUCCUGCUAAAAUGCUGGCGUUUUCUGGACCUCAUCAUAGAUCUCGGCUCGAUCGCGGAUACCCUCUCCACAGCCCAGAGCACUACCAUGAAUACUUUAAAAAACAUAACGUGACAACAAUUGUUAGACUCAAUAAGAAAUCUUACGAUGCUAAACAAUUUACCACCCAUGGUUUCGAGCACAGAGAGUUGUUCUUCGUCGAUGGGUCGGUACCGUCUGAUCUGAUAGUGAAUAGGUUCAUUCGUAUCGCGGAAGCAGCUAAGGGAGCAGUCGCCGUACAUUGUAAAGCUGGUCUUGGCAGAACGGGUACACUGAUCGCGUGCUACAUGAUGAAACAUCACGGAUUCACAGCGCGGGAAGCCAUCGCGUGGCUCAGGGUCUGUCGACCUGGAUCAGUUAUUGGACACCAGCAGUGGUUUUUGGAGAACAUUCAGCCGCGAAUGCACGCUCUGGGCGAGGCGUACCGCCGCCGGCUCAAUAUCACGUCGUUUCCCGUGUUCACUCGCGGCAUCUACAGCGACCUGCCGCCCGAACCCAUCAAGGCGAUUGAGGACAAACCCGUCUCAUUACAGUCCAUUCUGAACAACAGAAACGCUAACAAGUUGGAUAAUGCGAACGUUCUAAACGCCAACGAAACGGAUUCAGAAAAUAACGUCACAUCGGUGAUCGGUAAAUAUAAGACGACCGCCACACCAAUGCUGCCCACGAAGACCAUGUUCACGCCUAAACUGAACUACAUGAUGCCGACUAACAACAUCAGAAAUGCCAACAACACUAACCUAAAGCCCCAACCCAGAAUUUUAAACGCUUCGCUCAAGUCCCACUAUGCGUCGAAGACUUCGACCUUCCCGCCAACAAGAAGUGCCAAUUCUCAAGCGAAACUGACCGGGGGAGUCAAGCCCCCCUUUACAGGUAAGAACAGCUUCCACGGCCAACGCGCGAAUCUGGCUAGGCCCACUCUCGCCUACUCGCACAGUGGUAGUCCUGUCAAGACCUUCACGCGGAAGGCCAUGUCCGUCUCCAAGAUCACGACCAACGAUUCCGCGGUGGUGACCACGCUCACCAAUGUCACUUCCACCUUGUCAGCUUUGACUGAAAACUGUCAUUUGAACGGGAAGAAUCGCCUACCGUCGGAACCAAAUCUGAAGAACGUCGCUCAGGUAAAAACGACAGCCAACAACGUGACCGUUAGAAAAAAGUUAAUCGUAAGAUCGAAUUCAAUCUCACGCAAGAAACUUCCGAAGAGUCUAACAAAGAAUGGCCUCGAGGCGUCACAAGACCUCUCCUCCAGCGAUACGAAUAUAACCAAUAUAUCCGCGGACUCCCUCGAUACGCCAUUCCGUUUCAGACGGAAAAGGGACAAGUCGAAGACUCCCGAGCCGAUGGACUGCAUAUCUAAUUCCGUGAUAACGGCCGACGUUACGCCCGACAACUACGAGGAGACCGGCAACUCUCAAGGGAAUAAGUUGUACAAGAUCAAAGCGUUGCGGAAAAAGUGUCCCGCGUUCGGAGUCAGCUUGCUCAAAAAGGACGGCAUACAGACCCGGUCGAGUAGUUGCGCGAGUAGCUCGACCGUCAAGAAGAAAUGAUCUUACCGGUGUUCAAGUGUACUCGCACGUAAUAGAAUUUCUAAUAGAUGUCUAGAGUGCAUAGCACUUUUACCGUAACGUUGAUGGAUUUGUUUAGAUUCUAACGCCGUGUACGCACGUACGAAGAAAUAUGUUGCGUUGAUACAUACAUACACAUGCCACCAACGAACGUCGAACACUGUCAAACACCUUCAAUAUAUAAUUUAUUCGUUACGUAUGGUCGGUGAAAAGUAUAAAAGACUUAACACACGACGGUUACGGUCGCGAAUUCGAACCGAACUAUGCUCGUAUUCGCCUUAUAAUUUACGUCCAUAGGUAUGAACCAAGUAUUCGUGUUCGAUGUUGGUUUUCUUACGUGCAUACUCAGCCUAAUACGUCUCGUGACUGAAAUAAUUUGUACUAAACUCAUAUCAAACCCUGGUAACAAGUUCUCUAUAUAGUUAAGUAUAAAUCCAAACAGAUCGAUCAACUUUUAUAAUGUAGACCUUACGUCCUUAGACCCCGUAAGAUGAGCCUAAAUGUUUAUAGUUAUUGUGAAAUUGUUUACAUUAUAAAACAAAAUCUUAUUGUAGAUUGUUUAGUAUUUUUAAAUGUAACUUUUAUAAAUUAUAAUCUGUUGAAUCAUGUUAGUACUGUCAUUAGGAAAAGUGUAAAUCGAUUUUUACAUUAGUCUAAAUAAUUGACGUUAGGUUUAAGAAUAAUAAUUUGUUUUUUUUUUUGUAAUUUUAUUUAAUUACAAAGUGAUCGUUAUAUGCCAUUAUCGUUUUGCUUCUAUUGAGCUUCAUGUUGUUUAUAUUGAUUGAAUUUACAUACGACAUAAUUAGUAUAUAUUAUUUCCUAAUCAAAAUAUUAUAUGCAUAUUACAAAACAGCUCAGAUUAUAAAUGUUUUCUUUUUAUUGCUUUAUUUACAUUUUAUCUACAAAUUUAUAUAUAUAUUUAUGUAUAAUUCAAAUAAAUUAAAUAAAUAACUAAGUCUUAACUUAGAAACAUAAUAAAAUUCUUACAGUAAACUUUGUAGGUAAAUGUCAUUGUUAUGGUCAGUCUAUUCCGAUCGAUAGUUCUUUUGAUUAUGGCACAGAUUAUAUUAAUUUUUACACCGCGUCGACGUAACACAUAUAGCCAAAAUUAGUUUACUUUAAAAUGUAACGACCAAGUGGAUUUUGUACUGAGGUGAUAUGUUACACACAUGUAGACACACACACAUAGGAAAUACGCUCACAGAUAUAAUAAUAUCAUCCUAGGAGAUUCCGACCACAACGCCCAUAUAAACAUAUUUCUUCUUAAACCUCUUGAUCUGUAAUACUAGCUAGUCACAAGACCAACAAGCUGUUUUAGAUAUGAACCAAAACGAACCAAUGUAUUUGCUUUAAAUGAAUAGAAAUUCUUAUUGUUUUUUUUUUUCAAUCAAAAGCCUGUUAGACCAAGGAGUAGUCUGACUGUAACGUCAUAGUAUCUUAUAAAAUCAGUGAAAUGUUUCACUUUUGUUUAUAUAAUGUUAUAAAUAAUAUUUCAAUGAUGUCACAAAUAACUAGUGUUUUUAUGUAAAGGCAUAAUGCAAUAUAGUUUAUAAUAUGAUUGUUUUUCGUUCCAUUACGUUGCAAUACGGAAUUUUAUAAUAAUGUUGUAAUGUAGAAUCUAGAUAUUUUUAAAUAUAUUUUUAUGAAAUAACAAUAUAUUUAUUAAUUAUGUUCUUUUUCAACGAGUAAUGGAUAGUUAUCAUAUAACUGUCGGAAUUGAUAUAUAUUUUUUUUAUUAACAAAAGUCUAAUAUUUAGUAAUGACCUUCCUAAUGUAUGUUGUCUAAUUAAUAGCGUUUUUUGCUGUUGUAUAAUAAUAAAACAUUUAGAACUCAUGAAAACUAGUGGUUUCGUCUUAAAUAUAUCAAUGAUUUCUAUUUUUUGAAUAUUGUAUCUACCAUUUGUUAAAAGUAGAACUUAUUACUUUUAGAAAUACCAAAACUAAUACUUGUGCUUUGUUACAAAAAAAAAAAACAAAUGUUUUGUAUGAUAUGACAAAAGUACAUUUGUUAUCAAAUUACAGUGUAACAAGCAAUAAGAACUAUUUUAAUUUCUUCUACAAAAUCACAUUGAAUACUUUUAGUUUAAAAACAUUUUUUUUUUCAAGUUCUCUCUUUUAGCAUUCCUUAAUUCAGAUUUUUCUUUUAAUUGAUAUCACGUUAAUUUAAUUGUAUGUCACGAUCACUCAGUACCAUUCAAAAGAUCUGUAUAAAAAGUUAUGUAUGUAAUCAAUUUUUACCUCGACUGUACAUCAGUGAUUUAUAUAGAAAAUGUUGUUAGCAAUACACGAAUUUAUAGUAUCAUAUCAAAUUUGUAAACUCAGUGUUUCCAACUCGCCUCUUGUAUAUAAUUGACUCCGCUGCGUUACAAGACUGUAUUCCAUUUAUUGUAUUAGACUUAUCGUAUAAGUGUUUGACUGUAUUUGCAACCACAGUUUUCAACUUGAUCAUUAAACCUUUGUGUUGUUGUUUUUCGAUUUUAAUCGUAAGUGACUUGGUGUAAUUACUGUGUCAUUUGUAUAAGGAUCUAAGUAAUGGCUUAAACUGGAAAGAGAUUUUCACAUAUAUUAUAUGAACCAAUUAAUUUUGUAAUUAAGGGCUUUCUUAAAAGAAAUGAAAAAGAAAACACAUACGCUGUCAUAAUUAUGUCGGGUUUGUUUAAUUUCAAAAUAUUAUUUUCUCAUAAGGAAUAUUCUUUCCUAACAAAAAUACAAUACAUAUUUUAAUUUAACGUAGAUGUUUAACCUCAAUCUAUUAAUUCUAAGCAUUAGGUUGUGUUCACACUCGUGUAUUUGAUAUAAUUUUUUCAAUUUAGCUAUCGUAAUGUAUUAUAAUUACACUGAUCUUCCUUAAACUAAAGUCAACGAUUCUUGCCACAGAAUAAGCCCCCAAGCAAGAUUGAGAUAAAUGAAUAUUCAUACAAAACUAUGAACAGGUUACAUAUUGAAUUUAGUAAACAAAAUAAAUAGCUAACAUUAGUGCCGAUAUUUCAGUCCACAAUGAUAAAAUAUAGUAUUCUCCCUCUAACUUGGAGAGGUAAAAGGGAUAGCAAGCGUUAGAUUGUCCUGUCACAAUAGUUGAAAUAUUUUAAACAACUGAAUCAGCUUAUAUAUGUGUCUAUGUUUACGGCAGCCAUGUUCAUAUGUUCUGAGGCAACUAAAAUGUAUUUAAAACGAUUAUGUUAUUUGUUGUGAUGCUGCAAUUAACUAGAUAAUAUAUAUGAUAAUUUUACAAAUUGAAAUAAAUAUUUAGUUAGAAUAACAUUUUUAGUUUGUCGCAAAUUAUUCUUAUUAGACUGUAAUCAAAGUGACUGCUACUGCUGUGCCACAGCUUUAGCAAAUGUUAGCAACAGACUUCCAUAAAGGAAUGAAAAAAUUAAUUACAAUAAUGUAUAUCUAUUUGAAUGCAGUUAUACGGUAGCUUUGAAAAUUUAUCGUUUUAUUUUUAUAAAAAUACCUAGUGUUGAAGAAAUCUAUUGUAUUAUAUAUUGAAUAGUAUUUCAUGUUUGUAAAUAUUUUUAUUAUAUCAUACUUUUCAAUGCCAUUAUAUGCAUUAAUAUUUCAAAUACUAAUGGGUAAAAUUUCAUUCUCUUUAGAAAACUUUAUUAAAGUUAAAUUGGUGUUUAUAUAUAAAAAUCACAAUUUUUUAUCAAAGGUUUAUUUUAUCAUAUCAUUUACCUGCUUUAUGUAUAAAUUAACGGUUGUGUAAUGUUUUUUUAUGUUAUUUAAACGCUUUGCAAUAAUUUCGAAUAUCUGUCAAUCUUAACCAGUGUGUUUUCAUCGUUUUUUUUUAAAUUGUAUCUUUUGGUGCGGCGAAGAGCGAAAUGGAUAAGGGACCAGAUUGUUAGAGGCGUGAUGUUUCCACUAUGUUGUCUAGAUAUAAUUUAAAAUUUAUGUUACGUUGUGAUCUUGAAAUAAUCAGUUACUAAUGUAAUGCAUAAUUACCUGUAGGUAUAUGUGUAUAUAAUAAGUAACACCGAUAUCACGGUGUAACAGAACGCUUGUGCUUAAUAAAAAUUAAAAGAAAUUAUAUUGCCAUUA